AUGUCAUGGGCUGCACAAGAAGUACCGGAGUGCAAACUGUUCAAUAAAUUCGCAUGCAAGGGCGUAGAGGUAAACGAUGUAACGCUCAAGCCAUUCAUAAACGUUGACUCAACCGUCAUCGUGCCGCAUACUGCAAGUAGGCUGCAGAGACAGUACAACGGAAAGAGCCGCAUACCUAUCACCGAGAGAUUUUGUUGCUAUCUUAUGAAAAAGGGAAGGAACAGCGGCAAGAAACUGUUGGCAAUGAAGUGUCUUGAAGAUGCUUUCACAAUCAUUCAUAUUUUAACCGGCCAGAGUCCUUUGCAGGUGUUUGUCGAUGCCAUAGUCAAUUCAGGCCCAAGAGAGGAUUCAGCACGUAUUGGCAGGGGAGGUGCAAUGAAAAGGACAUCGGUCGAUCUUUCUCCAACUAGAAGGCUCAAUAUUGCCCUGUUUCUCCUGUCAAAGGGUAUCAGAGAAUCGGCAAUGAAGAACCUGAAGACCUUUGCCGAGUGCAUCGCCGAAGAGCUCGUAGCUGCUGCGAAGGCAUCGGCAAAUUCGUAUGCGGUUAAGAAAAGGGAUGAGAUUGAGAGGGUUGCCAAAUCUAAUAGGUAAAUUUUCAUGAGUUAAGGA